AUGUCAAAAACGGCAACUCUGCAGGAUGUAGAAACGGUUGUUCAUCUGAAAAAGGAUUUCACUCCAGAAGGAAAGAGUGUGGAACAGCAGGAUGUAGAAACGGCUGUUCAUCUGAGUAGGGACGUCACUCCAGUAGGAAAGUGCCUGAUGGCGUGCGUGAUGGAGGCCAUCGGGAUGAUGCGAAAUGGCACCAUGGCGUCCGAAGAGGAGAUCCUUAAGCCCUACCGCUCCCUCUUCGCCGACGACCCACGCCGCCUCUCCAAGGCGGAGGAGGUGGUCAGGAACUGCAGGGUAGAAGCUCUACAGAAAUUCCCCACGCAGACAUGCGACAUGGCCCACCUUGCCGUAUUUUGCACCUUAGUGAACACCUACUGAAGUCACGGGGGAGGAGUGGCCACGCUAUCAAUAUCUGCUGUUGUGCAGAACCCAAGAUCAACAUUUGUGUAAUUGUAUUGAAGGCGAUUGUGGCCAUAAUAAAGGUUGACUUUCUGCCG